CCUAGGUUGACCGAAAAACAAAAACGUUCUAAUGAAAAAGGUCAAAAGAUUUGAAACGCAAAGGUUUCCUUGAACUUCACGCCACGGUGAAUCACUGAUCCCAUCACUAGAUCUCUCUCUUCUCCGCAGCAGCUAUGAUUUCACCCACCAAAAUCAAAUCCGUUGAUUUCUACAGGAAAAUACCGAGAGAUUUGUCAGAGGCAUCUCUCUCAGGUGCUGGCUUAUCCAUCGUAGCUGCUCUCAUUAUGAUGCUUCUCUUUGGAAUGGAGCUGAGUAGUUAUUUGGAAGUCACCACUACAACUGCUGUCGUUGUUGACAACAGCUCUGAUGGGGACUUCUUACGCAUUGAUUUCAACAUCAGUUUUCCUGCCCUUUCAUGUGAAUUUGCAUCCCUUGAUGUGAAUGACGUGUUAGGAACAAACAGGUUGAAUAUAACAAAAACUGUUCGGAAAUUUCCAAUCGAUCCGCAUUUAAAGGCCACAGGUGGAGAGUUUCACUCUGGCAUUGCAUCACAUCACAUCAACCAUGGAGAAGAAAUUAAGCAAGAGUUUCCUGAUGGUGCCACACCAUUAACCAAUGGUGGUUUUGACUUAUUGUCACAACACUUUCCGUUAUUGAUUGUUAACUUUAAUGCACCAUGGUGUUACUGGAGUAAUCGUCUGAAACCGUCUUGGGAGAAAGCAGGUACCAUCAUAAAACAGAGAUAUGAUCCUGACACUGAUGGGCGUGUUCUUCUAGGAAGUGUUGAUUGCACAGAAGAACCUGCGCUAUGUAGGAGGAACCAUAUACAAGGCUAUCCAUCUAUUCGGAUUUUCCGCAAAGGCAGUGACCUUAAAGAGGACCAUGGACACCACGAACAUGAAUCUUACUAUGGAGAUCGGGACACAGACAGUAUAGUUAAGAUGGUGGAUGAACUGGUAGCACCAAUCCACCCGGAGACACACAAGCUAGCUUUGGAUUGGAGUAUAUCCAAUGACACAGCAAAACGUCUUGAAAAGGCACCAGUUACAGGAGGUUGUAGAGUUGAAGGCUAUGUGCUUGUAAACAAGGUUCGAGGAAACCUCGUUAUCUCAGCUCAUUCAGGAGCUCACUCGUUCGACUCUUCUCAGAUGAACAUGUCGCAUGUGGUUAACCAUCUUUCAUUUGGGAGGCUGAUUGAUCCUACGUUGAUGACCGAUGUGAAGCGGUUGAUGCCAUAUCUUGGCUAUAGCCAUGAAAAGCUGGAUGAAAAAUCAUUCAUAAACCAUCACGAGUUUGGUGCCAAUGUUACUAUCGAACACUACCUACAAAUAGUGAAAACAGAGGUUAUUACAAGAAGAUACGGUCAAGAACAUUCAUUGAUCGAGGAAUAUGAAUACACCGCUCACAGCAGCAUAGCUCAGACUUACUACUUACCCGUUGCAAAGUUUCACUUAGAACUCUCUCCCAUGCAGAUUGUAAUAACUGAAAAUCCAAAGUCCUUCUCACACUUCAUCACAAAUCUUUGCGCCAUCAUUGGUGGUGUUUUCACGGUUAGCAUAUAUAUUCUCAGUCAAAUCUUGCUUCUUUUAUACUCUUAUGAACACUCCAUGGUGGUUUCAGAUUCUGUCUGUGGAUUUAUUUUUCAGGUUGCAGGAAUAAUAGAUUCGGUUUUACACAAUACAAUAAGACUGAUAAAGAAGGUUGAACUUGGGAAAAACUUUUGAUUGGCUGCUGGAGGUUAGAGUUUACCAUUAAUCUAUAGAACC